UCUAGUGAAGAUCUACAUACCAGCCUAUAUUUUAUCAAUGCAUCUCUGCAAGAGGUAGUAUUUGCUAGCACCACGGGGGCUCUGGUACCCUGCCCUGCAGAAGGAGUCCCUCGUCUGACGCUCAGAUGGUACCUAGCAACGGGCGAGGAGAUCUACGAUGUCCCUGGGAUCCGCCACGUCCACCCCAAUGGCACUCUCCAAAUUUUCCCCUUCCCUCCUUCAAGCUUUAAUAACUUAAUCCAUGAUAAUACUUACUAUUGCACAGCCGAAAACCAUUCAGGGAAAAUCAGGAGUCAGGAUGUCCACAUUAAGGCCGUGUUACGGGAAGCCUAUACGGUCCGAGUGGAAGAUCAGAAAGCCAUGAGAGGCAAUGCAGCAGUCUUCAAGUGCAUUAUCUCCUCCCCAGUGGAGGCGUAUGUCUCCUGGGAGAAGGACACAGUCUCACUUGUCUCAGGUAAGUGGCCAUAUUUAGGUCUCAGUGUUGUACAUUACAUGGGUAUACCAGGA